UGGCUUAUACUCGAAAGUUCUUCUGUUGGACUGGCAUCAGUGGGUGGGUUUGUAUUGUAACUGGCUAAGUUCAAGUGCCCGUUUUCUGUUACUCUUCUUGAAGAAGAAAGUAAAGAGACGCAUUGUGAGAAAUGGUUACUUCGAGUUAGCAGUACUUUGCGAAAGUUGCGACCUUGGUGAACGCUCCCGACGGUUUUCACGGGAACACCGCGCUUUUCAGAGUAUCGUUGGAGUUUUAUGUGACGUCUGUUGAAAUGCCACCGACAGUGACCCCGGUAGUCCCCAGGAGAAGGGCCAUGCGAUGGAAGAAGCGACCUGGCCGAUGUGGACCACUGUUGGCGCCGUCUAGUGGUGAUGUCAGCAAACGUCCCAGGGGACUCCUUUGCACGCAGCGAUGGGUGAGCUGCCUCAGCUGCACGUCGCGACGCCUCUAUGAUCCCCUCGGAGAAGUGCAAUUUAAUCCUGUCUCCAAAUUUAGGUUCGACGCCAUCCGUCCAGCUGUGCAGUACAGCCACCCGGCCCAGCGAGGACCCGCGGGAGGGUCUGUUGCCCCUAGCAGCCGGGACUUGCAGGAUGUCCCUCAGUCACGUGGCAACUCCCCGCGACCUCCGCCCUCGCCUUUUCACGACAGGUUGGAUCCACCGGUGACAAGUCCCCUAACCAGCCCUGUUAUUACCAUGGAAACCAAGAAGUUGCAACCAGGGGCGCCGCAGCAGACCCAUGGCCGUCGGAAGGGAGGCGGUGGCGGCGGACAGCAGCAGUUGCGAUCGCCAGUGGUGAAGCGCCCAGCGGCCGCCCCAGUCACCCUCCAGGGCUGGUUACACAAGCAGGGCAGCGAGGGGCUUAUGCUGUGGAAGAGGCGCUGGUUCGUUCUGUCGGAGUACUGCCUCUUCUACUACAAAGGUCCAGAAGAGGAGAAGCUGCUGGGUUCGAUCUUACUGCCAUCGUACAAGAUCUCGCCUUGUUCAACCGAGGACCGCGUGUACCGCAAGUUCGCCUUCAAGGCCGAGCACACGAACAUGCGCACCUACCACUUCGCAGCCGACACACGGGAGCUCAUGGUGCGGUGGAUGAACGCGCUCAGCCUCGCCUCCAUCCUGCAGGAGGGCAGUAGUUGGGAUGAUCAUCGGUCAGCUCGCCCCAGUGUGACUUCCAUGUCAUCCACCCUGAACCAGAGUGCUGAUGAAAGUGAUUCAGGUUUCCAUGGUUACCGGCAACCACAUUCUGUGCCUUUGGGCACACCAUCCACAGUUCCUGCAUCCUCAAACAGUAAGCUCAGCAGUGAGCAUAUUUCAAAGAAUGAGGAUGCUUCUCGCCAACUGAACACCAGUAAUGAUUCAGUGUUCGCAAAUGGUUUGGGCCUCCAGAAGCAAGGCACAGGUUACCAUCAGCCACUCUACGCUAAUGCGCCCCCAAAACCAAGGCGCCUUGCUGAGCAUGAGGACUAUGGCGCUUCCACUCCUGAACCAGCUUCUGACAGACAGGCUGAAGAGCUGGCUGGGAAGAAGACCCUUCAAGAUCCUGAAGGGAAUAAGGGAUUUGUGCCUAGGAUCGCCCAACCACAGCAGCCUGCGAGAAACGAACGUAUGGAUGUUAGGUACCAUUACCACCAAGCAGCUACCCAGAAGCCAGUUCAUUCCUGUGAACAGCCUCUUCAGCAGGAACAGAUGCAAAGGCUGCAGCAGCCUCCACAGCAGGUGGUCCAGGGUUUAGCUAGUUAUGGUCAAGCAUUGAUCAAUGCGGAAAGACGGACUCCAGACACUUAUGGCCGGUCAAAUUCUGCAACUCCUGGACCUGCAGGGCAAAGUAAAGUGCCAAUUUUUAAAGGUGGAGAUUAUGAAGAUGUGUACAACAUCUCGGACACUGUGAGGCACAGUGGUAGUGAAGGUAGUUACAGAGAAGUGAACAAGCGAUCAUCAAAUCAGGUGGCAUACAUUAAAGGAGCAGGACCUGUGAUAUCAGUACACCACAAACAAAACUAUUCAGAAAGAGGACGUGGGGAUAAUCGUUCUUUACCACAGGGAGGAGGUCAGUAUGGUCAUUCUGGUCAGCAUCAGCAGAACUUUGCAGUUGAGAGGUAUGCCUCAGGCGUUCCUUCUCAACAGCCAGACAUGCAGGCACCAAACUUGUACUCUGCACAUAUGCAACAACAGCCUCUUCCAACCCAUCAUCAUAAUAUUCAGCCAGUGAGACACAGAGAAGCAACGCCAAACCGGUACCCACCACGGCCUCACAGUGCCGACUUCUUGGACUAUGAUGCCAAGAGGCACAAUCAGCAUUAUUCGUGCCAACCACUGUAUAGUCCUGGACAAGAAGCCAGCAGAAGUAGGGACUUCUUGCAACAUAGUGCUGGUGGUGAUGACAAGAACUAUCAGGAGCAACAUGCUAGUAGAGUAGCUCUAAUACCACGGCCUAAAUCAAGUCUGGAGAUGAUGUCCCCUCCAAAUCCUGCUGUUAGUGAUAACUAUUACUGGUCUGAGGAAUGUUAUGCUCAAAAGAUGCGUCAGUCUGCUUCUUAUGUUCACCAGAUUCCAAUGACACAUCCAAGAAAUCAGUCUUCCUCUUCAAGGGCAACGACUCCAUCGAUACGGUUAAGUACUCCGUCAGGUGGUAGUGCUCAAGUGGGGGGUGUUAGCUCAGGGGGAAGUGUAAAUAGUGAGAGUGCCGGUGUAGUCCUGAGGCAUCCAAAAAGGACGGACGUAAUGCCAAGUUAUGCAACGACAAUACGGUCUCCUUCAGGACAGCAAUAUCAGCAGCAGAGGCGAUGGAGUGAAUACCGAGACACUAGCUCAAAUGGACAAUUUACAAGGUCAGCCAGUGCAAGGCUGCCACGACAGCGGUACCAGGAUGAUGAGAAUGAUUCACGGGGCGAAGAACCAUGGCAGAAGUCUGCCUCAGAUGUUCAUGAUGGAGAGAAGAAAAUUCAGCAGCGGGAAGAGUCUAUGAAGCGGCUCCUAGAGUGGAAACAGAGGAUGUUGCAGUCUCCAUUGACCCGGAAACCUUCAGGUUCAUCGACUCGAGGAGUAGCACAGAAUGAAUUGUCAAAGUACUACAAACAGCAGGUACUCCGAGAACUAGCUAGCCAGGAAGCUCGGAGCAGGGAUGUGACGAAUAGUCAAGAUGGACAUGUGAGUUCCAAGAGGAGAUCACAAAUGGAGGAUACAGGGACUGUGCCCGGUCGAUCUAUGCUCAGAAGUAGGAGUCAGGAUGGUCGUCGCUCCUCAACAUCCCUCAGCCGCUACAACAGCUACUCAUCUGAUGAUGAAGCUUCGGGGUCCGGCUCAGUGAUCGGGCGUGAUCCCCUGCCGCCCAGGGCCGUGUCGGCAAUGUCAUUACAGCAACAGGUCAAAGACACUCCUCCUCCUACCAUCACUCUGACAUCAGAGGACAGCCCACAGGACCACAGUGCACCCAACAGUCUGGCCAGGAAGACUAGCCCUUCCCCUGGCCGCAUGAGCCAUCCUUCUGUACCAGGCAGCCCAAACAGUCCAGGGAACAUGGAGCGAUCUGACACUGUUGAUGGACAGGGGAAGAGGAACCGGGGUGGCGGUGGAGGUGGUGGCAGCAAUGCAGGUGGCAGUGGACCAUGGGGUAUCAAUGUCUCAGCAGGGGAACUUCUGGGCAGAACCCAUGAGGAGUUGGUACUGCUGCUGAUCCAGCUGCGACGCCAGAGUGCGGGAGUAUGUAAAGCCAUGGAGACAUGUCACUUCGAGAUUGAGGCCCAGGCUCGUCUUUCUGAACUUGAGGUGCCCAAAAGACUGGAACACUUGCAGAAACUGGAUGAGCUCAAGAGACACCUCCUAGAUCUAGAGAAACAGUAUGAGAAGGGCAAACCCCUUGUGAAUCUAGUGGACAACAUGGUGAAGUUGGGGUCUCUGUACCGUGGCUCUGGCGUGUCACUACAUUCUCGAACUGGAGGGCCUGGUGAUGUGCACAAUGUUCGGGAAAGGUUAGAGUUCAAUCAGAAAGUGCAGGAGCAGAGGUUGUUGGCUGAGGAAAGACGAGACUGGGACAGAGUCAGCCCCGACCGCAGACAGCUACAGGCCAAAGUUCAGGAGUUGUACCGGCUCGAUCGCCUCCUGCAAGAGGAAUCUGGCACACUGCAGAGCCUACAGCAGGAUAAGGAGCUGUUAGAAAAGGCACUGGGUGGUUUAAGGCACAAACUUCAAGGGAGUCGAGCGAGCCCUGCUGAGGCUGAGAGAUACCGCAAACAGCAGCGCCUCCUAGAGAAGGAACUCAGUCGCAUCAGGUUGCUUCUAGCACACAACUCCAAGAAACUUGAGGAGACAGUGGCAGAGAAUGCUAGGUUGGAACAGGAGCUGGUAGUUCUGCGUCAGAAACUACAGGCUUCACGGCGAGGAUCUCAGCAGCGACCUGCUGUAUCUCUCAUUCCUGACUCAGUGUCAACAAGUACGACAGCGGCUCUUGAGGCAGAGUUGCGUCGAGUGCAGCAGCUUGUUGGGGAUCUGCAGAGACAACGCCAGGAGCUGAGCAUCCAGGUGCGACAUCUGACUGAGAAGUCUCACAGUUUGGUGCAACAGAUUCGUCCUGGACCCACAGGAGUUGCAGGUGCAGGUCCUAUACCCGGCAGGAAGCGUCACCACAGCACAUGGCUGGAGACUGAUCUUGACUCACUGGUGACACUUGACCAUGGUUUGGAUUCACCAGCAAGUCCACAGCAUCAGGUAUCGCCACCUGGCAGCAAGAUUCAGCCAGCUGCUCCACCUGUUGACAGCAUAGCCCAGGCUCCUCUGUAUGUCAACAGUGAUGCAAGUUCCAAGCGAACAGCUGACCAAAACAUCUACAAAGGUUCUCUUGUGGACGGUGAAGAUCUCAUCCCCCCUCCACUCCCAGCACCUCCAGAACUGCCCCCAGAUUAUCCACCCCCACCUCCCCCACCACCAUCAGAGGAGGCCGUGAUGAAUGGUGGAAUUGGACAGCAAUGCUGCACGCAUAUGGACAUCAGUGAGGCAGAUGAUCGCAUGAAAAGGUUUUAUGGUAUUAUACCACGCGAGAAACAACAGGAAAUCAAAACAGUUCGCAUUGUAAAACGAGAAUCAGAAAGACGGCAAAGAGAUCGAGACAGGAGUGGAAACAUAGGCAUCCCUGUUACCAACGGGACAGCCGGUGGUAAACGAGUGACAAUUGUGGAAGAUGGAGACAUUGCAACUUCCCAGUACCCAGUAGAGAAACAGCAGCUGGGUUGUGUAUUGGAAGAGGAACCUCAGGACAAGCAGUUCUCAGAAGAACUGAUGGCACAAGAAGAAGACCCAGUGUUGGCACAGUUCCAACGUUCCAUGUCACUCCCACGAGGGUUUGGGAAGCGAGAACACUUAGGUUACCAGCAGCAGCAAGUAGUGCCGCCAUUACCACCCGUUCGUGUACCAUCUCCCCGCAGUGAUAGUGUUACUGUUCUCAGGAACCUCAUGAUUAACCGUCAUCGAGUGCGGUUUGAAAGCUACAGUGGUGGUAGCAGUAGUAGCGCCGAGAGCACAAGCAGUCAGAGAGCUGUAAGCCCAAGCUUGAAUCCCAGUCGCUCAUUGACAGCUCAUGAGCUGCUGUUUGGGGUGAGCCAUGAUGAACCUAUCUCACACCAUUAUGCCAUCACUAGCCCUGGGAGUUCUGAUGUUUCACCUCAGUUAUCGCCGGUGUUUAAGAGUGAGGCUGCCCGUGCAAUUGUCAUGGAGAUGUCUUCUAUGAGAGAUUCAGCAGGACACAACAUCGAACAUCAGCCUCGCAGACGAGCUGUUCCGAAAGAAAAACGCAGACAUCAUACUGUGUCAAGUAGCCAACCUCUGCUUGGCAUUGAAACUACUGCAUCUCCAAUCAUGGGCUCAGCAAGGUCACGGGAUGAUCUUGAUAUGGAGCGAGCACUGCGGCCUCGACUCAAUGCCCCUGAUGUUGUCAGGUCCACAAUGAGCCACAAAGACUUCAAGUACAAUGAGAACACAAUUGACAGCAUUCUGGGGACACCCAACAAGAUUGUUAUACCUGAACGUUACAUUCCAGAACAGGCCCCAGAACUUUCUGCAGAAGAACAGAUGCACCGACUUAAGAAGGCAGAAGCCAUUAGGAAGAUGCUGUCAGAAACAACUUCCAUUACUACAUCAGAUUCCAAAGAGAAAGAAGAAGAGGAGCAGACAUCAACACUGAAAAAGAAAGUUGCAGCAGAAAAAAAAGAAAGGGAACAUUUGCUUCAGCUGAACCAAAUCCUGGCAAAACAGGUGAUGGAGAAGAGCAAAAUGGUGGCUGUGAAAGCCCUGGCAACAUUGCCACUGAACACUGAGCCAAGUUUUGAUGAGGACGAUCUGUCUCCAAUUCAGCCACUGCCUCUGUUUCAACAGCGUGAAAACUAUUUCUCAUAGUGCAGACAUUACAUUCACCUUCAAAAGCAAUAGUGCUUGCCAGCAUCAAGAAUUCUCCAUAUUUAUCAUGUUGUUAAUAUGCAUGCAGUGCUCUUAAAUAGGAAAGAAAUUCCUGUGAAAUCUACAUGACAAAUCAUAAUUUUAAAUUAAAAGUGUGACCAAGUAUAUGUCUUUUUACUGUUGUUAUUUGGUUCAGAGUAUUGUUAGUUCAUUUCUGAUCAGAGCAUACGAGUUUAAUGGGAACAAUGCUGCCAUGUAUUCUAAACAGAACUAAUAUGAGUUGAAUUAAAGUUUUUCAUAGCAGUGAUUGUGAGGAAUGCCGUCUUCUGGGAUAUGAAGCUGUGUAGUCAGUAGAAAUUUACCAACAUUUCAGAGGAACAUACUGCCUCCAUCAUCAGAGUCAAAGAGUAAAUCAAACAAACAACCAAGCAGAAAAUGAGGUUGAACUUCUACUGGACUACAUGCAAUUGCAGCCCAGAAGAUAAUACUCUUAAUGCUGAGUUAUUUAUGCUGUUGCAUUGUGUUACCCAGGUUUAUGUUGUUAACCAUGUAGAGCACAGAGGUUACUAUAUGUGUCACCCGCGUUAACAUUAAGAAACUCUGUACUUUGCCCACAGGUGACUUUUGUGUCAUUCUCAGAAUAAACAGCAAUUAUUUCCAUG